CACCGCCCAGCGGCACCAAAAUCUGGUAAGGCUGCCUUAGGAAGCCACAGUUAUGACUGAUGUGACUCAAGUAAGAGAGGAGAGCGACGAUUUGCAUUAACAGAGCUUCAAAGAUGAGAAAAAAAUUCAGAAUUUUCUUCUUUGUUGGAGCCCUUGGCCUGCUGGCUUUCCCUUUCUUUAUGUACUCUGAUCAUCAGAAAACUUUCCAGAAGAACACUGCUGAGAACAACAGACAAAAAAAGACACCCAUCAAAAACAUCUCUUACAUACACUCUUGGGAAAAAUGCCAGCAAAAUCUGACUGCAGCCAACAUCACAGGCUUCUCAAAUCUUCCUCAGAAUAUCAAAGACUUUCUCUUCUAUUGUCACUGUCGACAUUUCCCCAUGCUGCUGGAUCUCCCUGAUAAAUGUGGAGGAGCUGAGAAAUCGGGAGACGUUUUCCUUCUGCUGGUCAUCAAGAGCUCCCCGGCCAACUACGAACGGCGGGAGGUGCUGCGGAAAACAUGGGGUAAAGAGAGGUUAUACAACGGCAUGUCGAUUCGAAGGAUCUUCAUUUCCGGAGUUUCAGGUGACAGUUAUGAAAAAGAAAGACUGAACAAUCUCCUGAAACUGGAGCAACAGGAGCACAGAGAUGUUCUCCAGUGGGACUUCAGUGACACUUUUUACAACCUCACUUUGAAGCAAAUACUGUUCCUGGAAUGGAUGGAAAGAAACUGUCCGAAUGCUCGCUUCCUCCUGAAUGGGGACGACGAUGUGUUUGCCCACACAGACAACAUGGUUGUGUAUCUGCAAAGCCUCAAGGAAAAUAAUGGGAGCAGGCAUCUCUUCACUGGUCAUCUGAUCCAGAAUGUGGGGCCCAUCAGAGCAGCAGGGAGCAAAUAUUUUAUCCCAGUUCAAGUUCAGAAAUCAGACACAUACCCUCCGUAUUGUGGCGGAGGGGGCUUCCUUCUGUCAGGAUACACAGCAAUGCUUAUAUACCGCAUGUCCAAAUCCAUACCAGUUCUUCCCAUCGAUGAUGUUUACAUGGGGAUGUGUCUGGCCAAAGCCGGACUUGGCCCGUCCUCACACAUGGGUGUGAAGACAGCGGGGCUGCACAUUCCCUCCAAAAAAGUAGACAAUUUCAGUCCGUGCUUCUAUAAAGACGUUUUGCUGGUGCACAGAUUCCUCCCAGCUCAGAUGUACCUGAUGUGGCACAGCACACAGAACCCAAAACUAAAAUGUGAUGACACUUAGAAAAGACAUAACGCAACUGAACAAUGUCUCAUUUAAGAGGAUGGAGCUUAUUAACUGUACACCACCUCAAGUGACCACGCAUGUGAACAGAAAUUUGCAUGGACAGAAACAUUACACUGCCACUUACUACUGGAUCAUUUCUAUCCGUGUGUCAGGUGGAUUUAAAAUAUUGUUUUUUCUUCUUUCCUAAUGAAUGUUAUUUCAGAAGAUUCUGGACAAGUUUCUCAGGGGUUGCUUUGCAGGUUCUAUGCACUUUUUUUUUCGUAACCAUUAAUGUCUUAGAGGAUAUUUACUGGAUUUAAACUUCCAAGCUUUUCACCAGGCCAGUUUUUCCACUCGGAUGUUGCAGCUGAUAUUAAUUUAUUUAUUUGUAGAGUUAUAGUUAACUAACUGAACAUUAUUGGUUGAGUUGAAAGAAAAGGUACGAGCACAAUACUUGUACCUACCUCUUUGUGAGUUCAAGGAGUAAGGGCUAAAAAGUAUUUCAAAGAGCAGGCCGUCAAUCUCAAACUGAGCAUCAUGCAGGGUCAACAGGAAGGUGGGGGAGUGUUAGCAUGUGUGAAAAAGGAAUAACAGCAGCAUGUUGAAGUCAGAACAUGCAUUUUCACACAAAGGUAAAAAA